UACACCCAUGUGUCAAUGUUGUUUUCUUUCUUUAUUAAUAUCGACCUGCGCUACAAUGUCGCGAAGAAGAAAACGCAUUUUAUUUAGUGUUUAUACUGUGUAACUUAGUAGUUUAGCACAACGGGGCUGGAUUGAACGUUGGUUGAACACAUUAGAUAGGUAAUGCCAAAGAGAUUCAUUUGCUUAAAUCCGAACUCAGUUUGUUCUCAAUACGAUGCUUAGUCCGGAUCAGGUGUCCUUCAUAGGACUGGUGUUUGAGACCUAUGUGAUGGAGCACCACAAGCAAGACAUCCUUCACAUCUUACAGGAGACCAGCGAGGACCGCCACAAUCCUGUUGUAGUGAACGCCAUGACGUUAUUUGAAGAUAACAUGGAGGUUGGAGAGUGUUUCAAUGCGUUUCCCAGCCAGGUGCUGCCUAUAUUUGACAGCGCCCUGCAGAGAGCAGCGCUGAACAUAUCUCAGUCCUGUUCCCCACUACAGGAGACCUUCAAACUCAAACACCACCUGCAUGUCAGAAUAUCAGGCUUACCCGUGUGUCCCGAGCUGACCAGAGAUCACAUACCCAAAGCCAGAGACGCGGGCCACUUUCUGUCCGUUACGGGAACGGUCAUACGCACCAGCGUGACAAAAGUGCUGGAGUACGAGAGAGACUACAUGUGCAAUAAGUGCAGGCAUGUGUUCUCGGUGCAGGCCGAUUUUGAGCAAUAUUACACCUUCACCAACCCCACCAACUGCCCCAAUGAGGAUGGGUGUAAUUCUUUCAAAUUCACCUGCCUGUCAGGAAGUGACGCUUCACCAGCCGCCUGCAAGGACUACCAGGAAAUCAAAAUCCAAGAGCAGGUGCAGAAACUCUCGGUAGGCAGUAUCCCACGAUCCAUGAUCAUCGUCUUGGAAGAUGAUCUUGUGGACCGCUGCAAAUCAGGUGAUGACGUCACCGUGUAUGGAGUUGUCUGUCAGCGCUGGAAGCCGUUGUUUCAGGAUUGUCGCUGCGACGUGGAGAUCGUGCUGAAAGCGAACUACAUCGAGGUCAAUAAUGAGCAGUCCACCACCGCGCUGGUGCUGGAAGAGAUUCACAAGGAAGUUGAAGAAUUUUGGGACGCUCACAAAAAUGACCCACUGGCUGGCAGGAACGAAAUCCUGAUGAGUCUUUGCCCUCAGGUGUUUGGUAUGUAUGUCGUCAAGCUGGCCGUUGCUAUGGUUUUGGCUGGUGGGGUGCAGAGAAUAGCUGCCUCUGGAACCAAGGUGAGAGGGGAGUCUCAUCUGCUGCUUGUGGGUGAUCCGGGGACUGGGAAGUCACAGUUUCUGAAGUAUGCUGCAAAGAUUACACCACGCUCUGUGCUUACUGCUGGAAUUGGAUCCACUAAUGCAGGUCUGACAGUGGCUGCUGUGAAGGAUUCUGGAGAAUGGCAUCUGGAGGCCGGAGCUCUCGUCCUCUCUGAUGGAGGUCUGUGCUGCAUCGAUGAGUUCAACAGCAUUAAAGAGCACGAUCGAACCAGCAUCCAUGAAGCCAUGGAGCAGCAAACCAUCAGCGUGGCCAAAGCCGGAAUGGUGUGCAAACUGAACACAAGGACCACUAUUCUGGCAGCAACUAACCCAAAGGGGCAGUAUGACCCUAAUGUGUCCGUCUCUGUGAACGUGGCUCUGGCCAGUCCACUCCUGAGUCGCUUUGACCUUGUGCUGGUUCUGCUGGACACAAAGAAUCCAGAAUGGGACAAUAUCAUCUCCUCCUUCAUUUUACAAAAUAAAGGAGCUCCCAGUGAGUCUUCAUGUUUAUGGAGUAUGGAGAAGAUGAGGGCAUAUUUCUGCCUGAUCAAAAGCCUUCAGCCUCGUGUAACACAGGAGGCAAACGUCAUUCUGAGCCGCUACUAUCAGCUUCAGAGACAGAACGAUGGUCGCAAUGCGGCCCGGACCACCAUCCGCAUGCUGGAGAGUCUCCUCCGCCUCGCUGAGGCUCACGCCAGAUUGAUGUUCAGAGAGACUGUGACGGUGGAGGACGCUGUGAUCGUCGUGUCUGUUAUGGAGUGUUCCAUGCAGGGGGGCGCUCUGCUCAGCAACGUGAAUGCUUUGCACACCUCGUUUCCUGAUAAUCCAUGUGAGCAGUACAGAACACAGUGUGAGAUUGUGCUGGAAAGGCUCGGCCUGACCGAUAUCCUUCACAAAGAACUCCAGAGACUGUCAAGGCUACAGAAGACAAGAUCGGACUCUCCUAAAGAUGUUGAACCACAUUCUGAACACACCAAUGACAGUGCGGCUCAUGAAAACCGCAGUAAGGGUGAGGGAACCGCUGAUUCAGACCCAGGUCUGGACUGGUUCCACUCAUUGUCCACCCCGGCUGGUACCGGCACCAUUAUUCACACCUCCCCCAUCAUCACCUCCACUCAGAACGGUGCGGCAGCACGGCACAUGUCGGAGUUGCCUAGCAACAGAAGUUCUGCGCACCUCAAGGGUUCUGCGUGGGAGAACGAUGUGGAUGUCUCUACGGAAGAGGCAGGCGAGCCCGCUACCGUAAAAGACAGGGGCUCCAAAAAGCUCAGAGGCAAAAGACUGAAAGACAUGAAAGCGUCUCUCCUGCUGAGCGAGGACAGAACAGGAGAUUCAGAAAAUGAUUUAGAGAAUGCGUUUAUUACAGACAUGGUUCCCUCCCACAGCACACCCAUGGUGGGAAAGAAACCCUCUAAAAGGAAAAGCCCUGCCAUCAGUCUACCAGAGAUGGACCAGGAGCCUGAGAGUGCGGAAAACUUUCGUUCCAAAUUCACGAGCUUCACCUUUAAGCCCAGAAAUAGAUUGACUCAUGCAGAUCAGUCUGCCGGUGACACCGGUUCAAGCAUCUUUCUAAAAGACAACAUUCAGGAACGGACAGAGCCUGUCGUACCUCAAAUGCGUGAAGAGAAGAGGGAUGAGAGAAUUCAGUCUUGCCUGCGUCAGCCAGCAGAGGGCAGCAGUAGAAAAGAGAAAAACCUGCUCGGAGAUAAAAACAAACCUGAAGAUCAUUCCUCAGAGGUUUCCAGUAAGGACAGCAGAGCGAAAAAAGGUAGAUCAGGGGAAACGGAAAAUCACAAACAGCUGCUGUUGAGAACGAACAGCUUCUCUCCAGGUGAGAACAACGAUACCUAUAGCAACAAUCGUCCACAAUCCCCGACAAAACAGGACCAUCCAAAACCUAAGGUGGCCAGCUCCACCCUAGUCAAACUUUCCAGAUUCUCUUUUACCGCUUCAGCUGAGGAAAAGCCCAGUGAUAAAACAGCACCAACUCCAACGGAGGCCCAAACCGCCAUGAGCACCAGUGCAAACAACACGACGACAAAUGCACGAGAAGAAGUGAACAAACGCACCAGUUCUUUAGCGCACAUAACUGGGUCACAGAAAAGUGUAACGGCAGAAGCAACUGAAAUCAGGACCAUCACACCACAGACAGGGAACACCAGGACAGAAACUUCUAGUAUACAUAAAGAGGCCGAACAGACCGCUGGGAACCCAAUGAAGAGGAGAUGUUUCGAUUUGGGCUCCAGGGGUCCCGCAGGACUCCUUAGUGGUCAUUCUUUGUUCAGCUCAUCUGCCUUAGAUGAUGACGAUGAUGACCUGGAUGUUGAAUGGAAUUGAGAGCAGCAAAUUCAUUUCAUGUAUAAUACGGUGUGUAAUGUAACACAAUAGUUUCUUGUCUGUUAUUCUUUUAAUCGUGAUGUCACAAUGUGUGCACCUAACGGCUAAGCCAGAUCUUGUAUGUCACUGAAGUUUUCUUUGGUCCCUUUCAGUAAAUAUCAUUUACAUUUU